UAUGUGAGUGCUUAAUAAACAUACUGUUGUUCUAGGAAAUGGCAGAUAAUACACCUUCACUAACUGAGGUGGUAAAUCAAGUGGCACAGCAACAGCAGACACAAGCUUCAGAAAUAGAGAAAAGCAGGGACGUGUUAAGAGAGUUCCAAACAAAACUGUAUGAGCUUGAAGCAGAGCUGAAGUCUGUUUUAUGGGAUACAAAGGCAGUUGAAAAACAAAUGUGUUAUGAAGAAGACACAAUGGAAAAUAUAAUGCAUCUCUGCGGAAUCUUAGAGAGCCAAAACUACUCAAUUUGUGCUGAGAAUAUUAAGCUUAAACUCGCUCUGGAAACCCAGAGAGAAGAUUUUGAAGCCAUUGUAUCAAGAAAUACUGACUAUCGCAAAAGAAUUGCUAAUAAGAUCAAACACUUUGAUGAAGAGGAAAACAAAUUGCCAGUCAUGAUUGAGCUUAUUAAAAAGAGAAAUGAAAUCAGAAUUCUGAAGCAGAAGAAGGAGCAAAUGAUGGGCAGUCUGCAUAAUCCAGAAAGUACUGCAAUCAAACAAGUGCAGGAGGAAAUUGAAUGUUUAAGGGAAAGAAUCAACAAUUUAAAACAAUCAAUUGCCGCAAAACAUGAAGCUUAUGAGAAGGAAAGGGAAAUCCAUGCUGCCCUCAGGAAAGAAAUAGAGGUGCACAAGAAGAGAUAUGACGCCAUCUUGAAACGUCUGCAUUGUCAGCUGAACAAAGCACAGCUAAAGAGAAGACAAUAUCAGUGGGACAUUGAGCGCAUGGAGAAGAUUGCCGCGGAUCUGCGAGAGAGGGCCUUGGUAUGAUGAUCUGUACCGAAGCAGAAUAGUGCUUGUGAAAAUACGAGCUGAAUUUAGUGUGGCCACUUAGAGCCAUGUCUCAAGUUUG